AAUUUGAUUCAAUUGGCUAGUACAGCAGGAUGUGUGCAUAAUCUAUCAGGUUUUCAGAAAAACGAUCUGUAGAUCACAUGACUUUCAACCAUUCCUCUUCGGUCAUACGGGGCUCAGUCAGUUUUCUCAGCUGUCAUCCUCCCAUCAAGGACUAACAAAAACAAAUCAACACGUGCUUAUUUAUCAGAAUUAUUAUCGUUCAAUGCUAUAUUAGAUGAAUUUUGCUCGAUCGGUGUUAACUUAUAUCAAGUGUUCGAACUUUCUUGGGAUUUAAACUGUUAAUAUUUUCGUGUUUUUGAUUGAAUUUUGAAAUUGUUAUUCACUGAAAAUGAAGCAUAUUUGUAUAUUUUUACUCGUAGUAGUAGCAGCUUCUUCUGCUAGAGAAGUAAUUCCUAGUCAUGUUCAUCCUCUGUCAGACAAAAUGAUUGAGUACGUCAAUUACAUGAAUUCCACAUGGAAGGCUGGUAGAAACUUUGAAGGAGUUAGUCUGAAAUACAUUAAGGGAUUACUAGGUGUUCACAAAGAUAACCACAAGUACCGUUUACCUUCAAUUAGACAUACAGUUCCGACAAAUCUACCUGAUUCUUUUGAUGCUCGUCAACAGUGGCCAAAUUGUCCUUCAAUCAGUGAAAUCAGAGAUCAGGCAUCUUGUGGUUCAUGUUGGGCAUUUGGUGCAGUUGAAGCUAUGUCUGAUAGAACUUGUAUUCAUAGCAAUGGCAAAGUUAAAGUAGAGAUUUCUGCAGAAGAUCUUCUAUCUUGUUGUGAUAGUUGUGGCGACGGGUGCAAUGGUGGGUACCCUGGAUCUGCUUGGGAAUACUGGGUUGACAAAGGUCUUGUUUCCGGUGGUCUUUACAACUCACAUGUCGGUUGCCAACCCUACGUCAUUCCUUCCUGUGAGCAUCAUACUAAAGGAAAACUACCUCCCUGUGGAGAUAUUGUUGACACUCCCAAGUGUGUACACAUGUGCGAAAAAAGCUACCAUGUCAGUUACAGAGCAGACAAACAUUUUGGAAAGAAAUCUUACUCUGUUCGGAACAACGAAGACCAAAUAAAAACUGAAUUAGUAACUAAUGGGCCAGUGGAGGCUGCUUUCACUGUUUAUUCUGACUUUGUUACUUACAAAUCAGGUGUUUACAAACAUCUGAGUGGUGAGGCUCUGGGUGGUCAUGCUGUUCGAAUUUUGGGAUAUGGUACAGAAAAUGGUACUCCAUACUGGCUGGUUGCAAAUUCCUGGAAUGAAGACUGGGGUGAUAAAGGAUACUUCAAAAUCCUUCGAGGACAAGAUGAAUGUGGUAUUGAAAGUGAAAUCGUUGCUGGUAUUCCCAAGCUUUAAAUGAACUUACAAUCUUACUUUCUUGUACAAAUUGUGCUAAAUGAUCUUGUUUAAAACUGUUUUUUAUUGUGAUUUUUAUCCAUAUUUUUUUAAUAAAGCUUCUAUACGCUA